AUGGAGUAUUACGAGCUAUGCAAAUUAGACGAAACUAUACCUUUGAAAAAACAGAAUCCAUUCGCUCCUAAACCUCCAUUUAGAUUAGGAGUUGCGGGCACCUCUGAGUCAGGAAAGACAAAGAUGGUAGUACGUUUGCUCCUAGAAAGUAAAUAUCCUAAAAUAUAUCCAUGGAUGUCUGGUGAAAAACGUGGUCAUAAAAUACCAAAAGGCGGAAGCAAAAAUUUUGGUGAAAGGUAUAUUCCAUGUGAUGAUCUAAUUGUUGUUGCGCAACACCAAGAUGAAGAGCUAUGGGAAACAGUACAAUGUUUUUAUGAAUUUAUAGCCAUGGAUAAGCAAGCUCCAUGGUAUGAAAAUGUGAGAUUCAAGCUAAUCACGCCUGAAGAACUACCUGAUAUUUCAUUAUUUAAAAGAACUGGCCGAUUUAUUCUUAUAGUCUUUGAUGAUCUUGCCGGGGAACCUCUGGCAACUCAGCUAAAAAUUAUUCCUUUCUUUAGGUCAGAUAGUAUAAAACGAAUUCUUAAAGAUAUGUAUGAUGAUUAUGAGUCUCUAGCAAAAAAAGUUUAUGAAGUGAUAAAAAAACAUUUCGUGGUUAUUGAUAUCCGAAGACCACCUGACGACCCCUUAUCAAUUAGAUUUAGAUGGGACAAACCUUUAAAGGACUGGCAAAAUGAUUGA